UGUCAUAAGCCCCGGCCGGCAUGUUGCCUUCAAGUACGCCAGGGUCGACUUUGAAGUGAUUUCCCCAGAGGCUGGUGAAAUGAUUUGUUUUUGUUUUAUUCCAACAUGGACAGUUUAUGUAAAGUGAUGACGACGGGGGCAAAGAUAAAUAUCCCACGCUAAAAAUGAUGUUUUCAGUCGCUAUCUUGGAUGGUGAGUUCAGGGGUGGAGCGCCGGUGUCGGACAUUGGAGCGUCAGGGGCGUUCCAGUUUCUGAUGGAAUUGGAGCACAAAGUCAUCAUCGUGGGUUUGGACAACGCGGGCAAGACGACCAUCCUCUACCAGUUUCUGACCAAGGAAGCUGUCCACACGUCGCCGACCGUGGGCAGCAACGUGGAGCAGCUGGUGGUGAGAAACACCCACUUUCUGGUGUGGGACAUCGGAGGCCAGUCCAACCUGCGCAGCAGCUGGUACGCCUACUACUGCAACACCGAGAUCGUCAUCCUGGUGGUGGACAGCACCGACCGCGCGCGACUCACCCUCACCAAAGACGAGCUGCACCGAAUGCUCGCCCAUGAGGACCUUCAAAACGCUGCCGUGCUGGUCCUGGCCAACAAACAGGACGUGAAAGGCUCCAUGACGGCGGCCGAGAUCUCACGCUGCCUCACGCUGGACGCCAUCUCCACGCACACCUGGCAUGUCCAAGCCUGCUGCGGGCUGACCGGGGAAGGCCUCACUGCCUGUCUGGACUGGAUGAGGUCAAAGGUCGUGAAAAGCUGAAAAUCCCCCUCAAAGUGGGGGUUCAAAGGUUACCAUGUGAGGAUUCUUUCACAGCACAGCACUGGAACACAAGCUACCUCAGCAGACCCCAUACUCUUUUAUGAAGGAUGUCCCGAUCCGAUACGUACAGCAAGUAUCGAAUGAUAUCAGCGUGCAUCUAAAAUCAAAAUGUCAUCCAGUAUGCACAAAGGGUUGGUCUUUGGUAGGCUAUAGGCUAGUGGGAGCUAGCAGCUACACAACAGCUAAGCACACGAUAGCACUCAAGCUAGACGCGUAAUAAGUGGCUUUAAUUGAACAAUAUUGCAGCCUAAAUCAGCACAUUUCUCAGUACAAGCAAGUAGCAGCUACACAACAGAUGAGCACACAACAGCACAUAAGCUAGACGCGUAAUAAGUGGCUUUAACUGAUCAAUAUCGCGGCCUAAAUCAGCACAUUUCUCAAUACAAGCAAGUAGCAGCUACACAACAGAUGAGCACACAAUACCACAUAAGCUAGACGCGUAAUAAGUGGCUUUAAUUGAACAAUAUUGCAGCCUAAAACAGCAAAUUUCUCAGCACAAGCAAGUAGCAGCUACACAACAGAUGAGCACACAAUAGCACAUAAGCUAGACGCGUAAUAAGUGGCUUUAACUGAUCAAUAUUGCAGCCUAAAACAGCAAAUUUCUAAAUACAAGCAAGUAGCAGCUACACAACAGAUGAGCACACAAUAGCACAUAAGCUAGACACGUAAUAAGUGGCUUUAAUUGAACAAUAUUGCAGCCUAAAACAGCAAAUUUCUCAAUACAAGCAAGUGGCAGCUACACAACAGAUGAGCACACAAUAGCAUAUAAGCUAGACACACGUAAUAAGUGUCCUUAAUUAAACAAUAUCGCGGCCUAAAACAUCACAUUUGUCAGUAUAAACAAGUAGCAACUACACAACAGCUAAGCACACAAUGGCACUAAAGCUAGACACACGUAAUAAAUGUCCUUAAUAAAACAAUAUUGCGGCUUAAAAGAGCAAAUUUCUCAAUAGAAGCAAGUAGCAGCUACACAACAGCUAAGCACACAAUAGCAUUCAAGCUAGAUACACAUAUGCGCCCUUAAUUGAACAUUAUUGCGGCCUAAAAGAGCACAUUUCUCAAUACAAGCAAGUAGCACCUACACAACAGCUAAGCACACAACAGUACUCAACCUAGGCUAUAGGCUACUAGGAGCUAGCAGCUACACGAUAGCUAAGCAUACAAUAGCACUCAAGCUAGACACGUAAUAAGUGGCUUUGAUUGAACAAUAUUGCAGCCUAAAACAGCGCAUUUCUCAAUGCAAACAAGUGGCAGCUACACAACAGCUAAGCAUACAAUAGCACUCAAGCUAGACACACGUAAUAAGUGUCCUUUAAUCAAAUAUAUUACGUCCUAAAACAGCACAUUUCUCGAUGCAAUCAAGUGACAGCUACACAACAGCGAAGCACACACUAGCACUCAAUGUUAGUUAGCUUAGCUGUCAGGUUUUACUCUACCAAGGAGGGAGUUAAAAAUGCAUUAACUGAAGAAAAUAGUCGUCAAUUAUGGAGUGCCAAAUGGGGAAAACAUUUAAUAAAUAAUUAAUACAAAUUUAAUUUACUUAAUGUAAAAUAUUUAAUUAUUGAUUUCAUGACUUAAUGAUGUAUUUACUUAUUUUUAAUCAUUGUGUACUACACUAUAAUAAUGAAAUCAUUAACUGAAUGAGUAAAUCAUUGAAUGUAAUUUUACAAUGUAUUUAAUUCCAAUUCCAAACAAUUCCUCGGAAAUAUAAUUUAAUUUUAUUUUAUUUUGUCCAAUUUGGCCUCCCUAGUCAAUAAAAAUGUUUACAAAUGUUUUUAUUUUUCUGUGAUGAAAUCAUGAAAAUGGGCGCCUCUUAAUUUUACAUUAAGUAAAUGAAUGACACGUUUCAUAACACAUUCAUACAUUUAUUUUCAAUAAUAAUUAAAUAAUAGUUAUUUAAAUAUGUAUAUAUUUAUUUUAUUUUGUCCAAUUUGGCCCUCCAUAGUCCAUCGAUCAAAAUGUGUGCAUUUUAUUUAUUUUUCUGUGAUCGACUCAUGGAAAUUAGUGCUUUGUAAUUUUACAUUUAAUAACACAUUUAUACAUUUAAUUCAAAUUAAACAUGUAUUUAUUUAUUUUUUAUAUUUUGUCCUAUUUGGCCAUCCGUGGUCAAUGGAUUAACAUUUUUGCAAUUUAUUUUUGUGUGAUCAACUCAUGGAAAUUAGCGCCUUGUAAUUUUAAAUCACUGACACAUUUAAUAACACAUUUAUACAUUUCAUUCCAAUUAUCAGUAAAAACUGACAAAUGUCAUUAUUUAAAUAGGUAUUUAAUUUAUUUUGUCCAAUUUGGCCAACCAUUAGUUCAUGUAUCACAAUUGUUAUUGUUAUUGAGUGAAUAAAACGCACUUCAUUGUGUUUUGGUUGAAUUACAAUUCAUGUAUUUUUCUUUAAUAAAAUCAAACUAAUUUGAUUAACACCUUGUAAUUUUAUAUACCGUAUUUCCUUGAAUUGCCGCCGGGGCGCUAAUUAAUUUAAAACCUCUUCUCACUCCUGCGCUUACCAAAGGCAUGCGAUAAAAGUAAGCAUGCGCUAAUUAUUUUAAAAACUCUUCUCACUCCGGCACUUACCAAAGGUAUGCAGUAAAAAUUUGAGUGUGAUGUAAGCUUGGAACUUAAAUCCAAAAAAUUCCUGAAGGAAUUGCGUGUGAAUGCUCCAAUGCUGAAGUUGAACUUCAAAAUGACUAAUUGUUGAAGUACAUCUCAAAAUUCCUGAACUUGCUGAAUAUUUUGAAGUUGGAACGGUUUGAAUCGGAUGAAAAAUGUGGGAAUUGUGGAACUUUGAAAAAUGUCCCAUUCAUUUUGAUGGGAAUUUUUUGGAAAAGCGGGAAUUUUUUGGGAAAAAGCAAACAAUUUUUGGAAUGUUGUGAAUGAGUUGAAUUGGUUGGUGUUGAAAUUUUUCCAAUGGUCGAGAAAUGUUGAAGUAGUAACAUUUUUCAUUGAGAAAUGGUAUUACGGAGUUCCUGGAAUUUCGGGAAAACCUGGAAUUUUUUACUGUUAAAAAAACCAACUUUUUUUUUUUUGUCCUGAUUAAGAGGAAUGAUUUGACGGUGGAACGGUUAAAAAAAUAUGGAAGGGUGAAAAAAGGUUUUGAAAAAAACGGGAAUUCAUGGAAAUUUUUGGAACUUGGAAAAAUGAUCGUUUGAAUUUCCAGGAUGAGUGGAAUGCGUUGAAUAGGUUGAAAAAUGUGAAAAUGGCCAAUUCAUUUUGAAUGGGAAAAAUGUCCCGGAAAACCUGGAAAUCUGGGAAUUUUUGCUAAUUUGUGGGCUAUUAAAGGCCUACUGAAAUGAGAUUUUCUUAUUUAAACGGGGAUAGCAGAUACUUGAUCAUUUCGCGAUAUUGCCAUAUUUUUGCUGAAAGGAUUUAGUAGAGAACAUCCACGAUAAAGUUCGCAACUUUUGGUCGCUAAUAAAAAAGCCUUGCCUGUACCAGAAGUAGCAGACGAUGUGCGCGUGACGUCACGGGUUGUGGAGCUCCUCACAUCCUCACAUUGUUUACAAUCAUGGCCACCAGCAGCGAGAGCGAUUCGGACCGAGAAAGCGACGAUUUCCCAAUUAAUUUGAGCGAGGAUGAAAGAUUUGUGGAUGAGGAAAGUGAGAGUGAAGGACUAGGGAAAAAAAAAAUAGACGGCAGAGCGAUUCAGAUGUUAUUAGACACUUUUACUAGGAUAAUUCUGGAAAACCCCUUAUCUGCUUAUUGUGUUACUAGUGUUUUAGUGAGAUUAUAUGGUACCUGAAAAUCGGAGGGGUGUGGCGACCGCCAGUGUCUCCGGUGGGAGGAUGUAAGAGAGUCCACAAGCUCCACUCAUGUCUAAGGUAAGAGCCGACUUAUUACCACAAUUUUCUCACCAAAACCUGCCGGUUGACAUGUGGUCUGGAACCAUGUUCACUUGACCGCUCUGUUCCAUAGUAAAGCUUCACCUUCGGGAAUGUAAACAAGGAAACACCGUCUGUGUUUGUGUUGCUAAAAGCAGCUCCAAUACGCCGCUUCCCACCUACAUCUUUCUUAUUUGACGUCUCCAUUAUUAAUUGAACAAAUUGCAAAAGAUUCAGCAACACAGAUGUCCAGAAUACUGUGUAAUUAUGCGAUUAAAGCAGACGACUUUUGGCCGUGAUCGGUGCUGGAAGAACAUAUCAUACGCACCAUCAUUCCGCGACGUUUUCAACAGGAUACUUCCCGGGAAAUUUAAAAUUGUAAUUUAGUAAACUAACCCGGCUGUAUUGGCAUGUGUUGCAAUGUUAAUAUUUCAUCAUUGAUAUAUAAACUAUCAGACUGCGUGGUGGGUAGUAGUGGGUUUCAGUAGGCCUUUAAAUAAGAAAAUCUCAUUUCAGUAGGCCUUUAAAGGGGAACAUUAUCACCAGACCUAUGUAAGCGUCAAUAUAUACCUUGAUGUUGCAGAAAAAAGACCAUAUAUUUUUUUAACCGAUUUCCGAACUCUAAAUGGGUGAAUUUGGGCGAAUUAAACGCCUUUCUGUUUAUCGCUAUGUGGUGAUGACGUCAGAACGUGACGUCUCCGAGAUAAUACAGCCGCCAUUUUCAUUUUCACCACAUUUCAAACACCGGGUCUCAGCUCUGUUAUUUUCCAUUUUUUCGACUAUUUUUUGGAACCUUGGAGACAUCAUGCCUCGUCGGUGUGUUGUCGGAGGGUGUAACAACACUAACAGGGAGGGAUUCAAGUUGCACCGAAGAUGCGAAAGUGGCAGGAAAUCUGCCGCCAGACCCCCAUUGAAUGUGCCGGAGUGUCUCCACAUUUUACCGGCGAUGACAGACAUGGCACAGAGAUGUAUGGAUAACCUGCAGAUGCAUUUGCAACGAUAAAGUCAACGAAAUCACAAAGGUGAGUUUUGUUGAUGUUGACUUAUGUGCUAAUCAGACAUAUUUGGUUGCGGCGUGACUGCCAGCUAAUCGAUGCUAACAUGCUACGCUAAUCGAUGCUAAUAUGCUAUUUACCGGCGGUGCUUAAGCAGACAUGGCACAGAGAUGUAUGGAUAACCUGCAGAUGCAUUUGCAACGAUAAAGUCAACGAAAUCACAAAGGUGAGUUUUGUUGAUGUUGUUGACUUAUGUGCUAAUCAGACAUAUUUGGUCACGGCGUGACUGCCAGCUAAUCGAUGCUAACAUGCUACGCUAAUCAAUGCUAACAUGCUAUUUACCGGUGGUUCUAAAGCAGACAUGGCACAGAGAUGUAUGGAUAACCUGCAGAUGCAUUUGCAACAAUAAAGUCAACGAAAUCACAAAGGUGAGUUUUGUUGAUGUUGUUGACUUAUGUGCUAAUCAGACAUAUUUGGUCGCGGCGUGACUGCCAGCUAAUCGAUGCUAACAUGCUAUUUACCGGCGGUGCUAAAUCAGACAUGGCACAGACAUGUAUGGAUAACCUGCAGAUGCAUUUGCAACUAUAUGACGUUUCCUUCCACUCACAUUUAAUGCCAAACAAACACUUACCAAUCGAAGGAUUUAAGUUGCUCCAGUGUCACAAGAUGCGAAAGUCCUGAUCGUUUGGUCCGCACAUUUUACCGGCGAUGCUAACUCAGCUAUUCGGCCAUGCUAUGGCUAUGAAUAGCGUCAAUAGCUAUUCGCUCAAUAGCUUCAGUUUCUUCUUCAAUACUUUCAUUCUCCAACCAUUCGUUUCAAUACAUGCGUAAUCUGUUGAAUCGCUUAAGCCGCUGAAAUCCGAGUCUGAAUCCGAGCUAAUGUCGCUAUAUCUUGCUGUGCUAUUCGCCAUUGUUUGUUUACAUUGGCAGCACUGUAUGACGUCACAGGAAAAUGAACAGUGGCUUUGAGAGAGCGAAAAUAAGGCACUUUAAAGCUUUUUUUUAGGGAUAUUCCGGGACCGGUAAAAUUUUGAAAAAAAUUUCAAAAAAUACAACAAGCCACUGGGAACUGAUUUUUAUUGUUUUUAACCCUUUUGAAAUUGUGAUAAUGUUCCCCUUUAAGUCUUUAUUACUUAGAAUAUGUUCCCCAUACUAAAGUGUUACCAAAAACAUACAACUUUGUCUUGAAUUUGAAAUAUAUUUUUUUUAAUUUUUCACUAAAAAAAGGUUCGGUACCUCCAACAAGGUUAAGAACCACUGUGCUUUAGUGACCUUGUAAAAAUGGCCUUGUUAUGAAUAAACGAUGCAAAAAUAA